AUAGACUAGCUUAUUGUCACUAAACCAUCUUUGGCGACUGUGAAGUGUUUUGUACCGUAAAUCAGUGAAGAGCACGAAUUUUCUAAUAUUUUGUUUGUUAAUCAGUAUAGUUUGAAUUCAGCAAUGUUCUAGUUAGUAGUAUCAUUUGUGAAAAAAUUAUUGUUGUGUUUCUGCCGCCCAAACGAAAUUUAGUUUAUGUUCAUAUCGUAUUGCAUCGAAGACAGUAGAUACCAGAUUAGUUGGGCUUCCCAUUACACCGAGAGUCGAAGACUAAAUAAAAAACCAUCGUGAGGUAGCUGAAACAUGUACACAUCCCUGUCAAGAUCUGUGUGAAGUCAUUGGGUCAGCCGGACCGGAAAGUGAGCAACCAUGCACAAAUUGAAAUCUUCACAGAGAGACAAAGUCAAGAAAUUCAUAGCUUUUACUCAAACUGGGGAAAAUACAGCUAUAUUUUGCUUAUCGCAAAAUGAUUGGAAGUUGGAUUUGGCCUCCGAUAAUUAUUUUCAGAAUCCUGAUGUAUACUUCAGAGAACCGAAGAUAUCUGUUGACAAGAAGAAGCUGGAGCAGCUAUUCUCCAGAUACAGAGAUCCAUUGGAGCCAGACAAGAUGACUGCCGAUGGUAUUAUGAAGUUUUUGGAGGAACUAAAUUUAUCGCCAGAAUCUAAGCUUGUACUAAUUAUUGCGUGGAAGUUUAAAGCUGCCACACAAUGUGAAUUUACAAAGGAAGAAUUCAUGAAUGGCAUGACAGAACUGGGGGUGGAUAGUGUGGAGAAACUCAAAGCUAGACUGCCGUCACUUGAAAAUGAGCUCAAGGAUCCAUUAAGGUUUAAAGAUUUUUAUCAUUUUACAUUCAACUAUGCCAAGAAUCCAGGACAGAAAGGCUUAGAUCUUGACAUGGCUAUUGCUUACUGGAAUAUAGUUCUACAAGGAAAAUUUCAAUUUCUAGAUCUGUGGUGUAAGUUUCUGCAGGAACAUCAUAAACGUUCAAUACCUAAAGAUACUUGGAACUUACUUCUGGAUUUUGCAAUGAUGAUAAAUGAUGAUAUGUCCAACUAUGACGAAGAAGGUGCGUGGCCCGUACUUAUUGAUGACUUCGUGGAAUAUGCACAGCCGUUGGUAUCAGCGGGCACUGCUCCACAGAACACUCAAGUUUAACACUGCUUUUGUUUUUAGUGUUAACAAAAAAAAAAAAAAGUGUGCAUCGUGCUAUGUUUCAUCUUAACAUUGUUCAGAUUGUCUCCCAAAAACUUGAGAAUAGGAAU